AUGACUGACAGGAAAGCUGUGAUCAAGAACGCGGACAUGUCGGAGGACAUGCAGCAGGACGCGGUGGACUGUGCCACGCAGGCCAUGGAGAAGUACAACAUCGAGAAGGACAUCGCAGCCUACAUCAAAAAGGAGUUUGACAAGAAGUACAACCCCACCUGGCACUGCAUCGUCGGGAGGAACUUCGGCAGCUACGUCACCCACGAGACGAAGCAUUUCAUUUACUUCUACUUGGGCCAAGUGGCCAUCCUGCUCUUCAAGUCUGGCUGA